AUGCUAGCUGACAAGUUUGAGAUUUUGGAAAAACUUCUGAGAGAUAUGAGGGCGGAGAAUAUUAAGAGCAUUACUGAACUGAAGAACGAGCUAGCAGCUGCGAGGGAGGAGAAUCACAAGAGCAUAACCGAACUGAAGAACGAGCUAGCAGCUGAGAGGGAGGAGAGUCACAAGAGCAUAACCGAACUGAAGGACGAGCUAGCAGCUGAGAGAGAGGAGAGUCAUAAAAGCAUAACCGAACUGAAGGAUGAGCUAGCAGCUGGGAGAGAGGAGAGGCAUAAAAGCAUAACCGAACUGAAGUAUGAGCUAGCAGCUGAGAGGGCUGCAAGGGAGGAGAAGGAAAAGGAGGUUGCUGCACUGAUAGCGCGACUUUCGCAAGAAACGUGCAAGAUUCUGGAGGCAAUUCCUCGGGCUUCGACACAGUCGGCGCAGGCAGAAAAAACGCGGGUGCAGCAAAUUGAGGAGACGAGGAAGGUCUGGGAGGCUAUUUAUGUCACUUCGCAGCAGCGAACGACCAGAUCUGAUGCGAGGAUCAUUCUUGCUCAUCAAAACACGUCAUUUAUGAAAGUGGACAGGACAGAUGAGGCACUAACUGACUGUGGACUUCUUCACCUCCCUUACUUGACAUCCCUAAAGCGCCUCGAGUUAUCCUAUUGUGUUCCCAACGCGGCUUUGGGGCAUCUCUACACCAUGACAUGGUUGGAGGAGCUGAAACUUGAAUCAGACAAUUUUGAUGACUCGGUGAUUCUGGGAAUCAGCAACCUGGCGGCCCUUCGUCGACUAGAACUGGUAUCUACACGUGCUUCAGAUGAUGGGCUGGCUCAUUUGUCACGCCUUGGGUCCCUCAAAGCCCUCGUUCUUUCACGUGGUAAUAACAUCUCAUCUGCUGGCAUGGUGCAUGUGGGGAAGCUGACAUGGUUGGAGGAGCUGAAACUCGAAUCUCACAAUUUCACUGAUUCUCUGGUUCCAAAAAUCAGCAACCUGACAGCUCUUCGUCGGCUUGAACUGAUAAGUACAAAUGUUUCAGCCGACGGGACGCCUGAUCUGACAUGCCUUUGCUCUCUGAAAGUCCUUGUUCUUGCACCAGGCAACAACAUAUCGUCGGCUGCAGUGGCGCACGUGGGGAAACUGACGACCCUUGAAGCUCUGGAUAUUGGCUCGUCGCAUGUUAUGGACGAGGUUUUAGCCGAUCUUGCACCUCUGUCAAAGCUGACAUGGCUUGCUCUGCCAGAGCAUGUGACUAUCCAGGGCAUGAAGCACCUCGCUUCUUUCAAAUCUCUCAAAACCAUUUGGUUGAGGUCUUCCUAUUAUCACACCCAGUGUGUCAUUAGGUGCUUGACGACUCUUCCUUCCCUUGAGACGGUCGGAGUAAGGGACGGUCCGACAGCACAGCUGGUUAUGGGUCACCUUCCAAAUGUGAACGUUACUGUCAUCACCAGCCAGUCCGAGUUUUAUCCUGCAUAG